AUGGGUCGGGCACAUAGUGGGGGUGGCGACAAGAAAGCUCAUAGAUUUGACAGUUUCGGAGGUCCUAUUAGAGGUGGGGGACACCAUGACAGGGUUCAUCAUCAUCCCUACAGCCGCCCCAUCCAGUCAUCACUACAGGCUUUAGCAGGUGGUUCUUCAGGUUAUAGCGGGCACGGUUCUGAGCAGACUUCCCGAGGUUCUUACUCUCGACCUUCAGACCGCGGAGGGUAUUCUGGUUCUUCUAUGACAGUUCAGCAGCCUAUGGCCAGAGGAGCAUGUUUUGAGUGUGGUGAGACAGGGCAUUACGCGAGAGAGUGUCCUAGAUCUAGGCAGGGUUCCAGAGUUCAGACAUCUAGGCCUCCAGCACUGCCAGCUAGAGGAGGAGGAUAUUCUGGUAGAGGGGGUUCGCAGUCGGGCAGGGGUGGCCAUCAGCCUAGCAGAGGUGGUCAUCAGUCUGGUAGGGGCGGCGCUCAGUCCGUGAGAGGGGGAUCUCAGGCAGUCCGUAGUGGUUGUGGAGGCACACAGUCCGAGGGUGGACGUGCCCAUUUCUAUGCUUUUUAG